AUGCUCCGCUGGGGCCGCGCGGUGGUCGCGGCGCUCCGGGGGUCGCGGGGCGGGAUCGGGGGGCGCCCGGGGGGGUCCCGGCUGAGCCUGGGCCGCCCCCCGCCGCCCCCCCCGCCCGCCCCGUCCGAGCUGGAACGGGCGGACGCGGUUCUGCUGCGGAAAGCGCUGGAGGGAGCGUUCCUGGCCUGGUUCCGCAACGGGCUCUUGGCCACCGGCAUCGGCGUCAUCGCCUUCGUGCAGAGCGACACCGGCAGGGACGCGGCCUACGGUUUUUUCCUGCUGGGGGGUCUGUGCAUGUCCCACGGGGGGGUCUCCCACCUGCUGAGCUCGGCUUUAGUUUUUUCCUGCUGGGGGGUGUGUGCGUGUCCCACGGGGGGGGUCUCGUACGUGCUGAGCUCGGCUUUGCUGCGCCGCCCGAUGCUCCUCGCGGUCCCCGCGGCCGCCGCCUCGGCCGCGCUCACGGGGCUCCUCCUCCUGCUCUGGGCGGCCUCGCUGUCCCUCUACGUGGGGCGGCUCGAGGUCGAGAUCGUCCCCGAGGAGCCCCCCGAGAAGUGACGGGGGGCUGCGACCC